AUGCAAGGAAACGUUGAUGAUGUCUCGUUAAUACGGUAUAUUGUUGAUGGUCUUUGUCUGCCAGCGGACAGAAAAUGUGCACUUUAUGAAGCUACAAUUUUAAAAGAAGAAAAAAAAGAUGCAGCAAAGGCAAGUAAAUAUACAGUCGCAUAUAAAAGAAAUAAUGAAGCGAUAGAGAAGAGAAAAAAUCAUUGCUGCAAUGGUGAAUCUGUAGACCAUAAAAGAGCAGACUGUAAAUCAGAAACGAAAUGCUUUAGAUGUAAUAUGACAGGACAUAUGUCUAGAAACUGUCCACAAAAUACGAAGCUUGUAAAUUUGGCUGUGAAAGAAGAACGGCUUAAAACUAUUUUGUUAAACAAGUCAAAAGUAACGGCUUUGAUUGAUACCGGCGCGGACGUAACAAUAAUUACAAAAAGCCUUUGCAGUAGUUUUAAAAACGUAAUAUUACUCGAAAAUGAUACUAAUCUAUAUGGUUUGGGUAAUGUGAAAACACGACCAAUCGGCAGGUUUGAAGAUGACAUUUUGAUAGAUGGCAUACAGAAAAAUCACUUAGACUUAGAAAAUGAAUUUUUUCAUGUAUCAAUUGAUGAGGACAGUAAAAAGUACACUGCUUUUGUAACGAAAGAUGAUUUGUUCCAAUUUAAUAAAACCCCUUUUGGAUUUUGUAAUUCGCCUGCUGCAUUAAUGCGUUUUGUAAAUAAUAUAUUCCAAGAUCUUAUAAAUGAAGAUAUUUUAGAAUUAUAUAUGGAUGACAUUAUUAUUUAUGGCGAUACAGCUGAUAAAUGUAUAACUAAAAUGCGAACAGUUUUGGAAAGAGCAAAAAAAUGGAAUUUAAAAAUAAAAUGUAAAACAUGCUGCUUCCUUCCAACGAAGAUAAAAUUCUUGGGUCACAUAGUGGAAGAUGGGAAAGUAUAUCCAGGCGAAGAAAAACCAAAAGCUGUUAGUAAAUUUCCAAUACCAAAAAACAUUAAAGCCGUACAGUCGUUUUUAGGAUUAACCGGGUUUUUUAGGCGUUUUAUUAAAAACUAUGCAGGAAUUGCUCAACAACUUACUAACUUACUUGCUAAAAAUGUACCAUGGGUGAAAUCGAGUUGA